UUGAUUUAUUCACCCUGCUUUUUUUAGACCUGGAGCAUGACUUCCAUGUUCAUCCUUAGCUGUUUUCUCACCUGUUUCCCUUUACUCCUAAUUUCACUGUCUGAAUGUGUCACUGAUCCAAGUUCAGACCCAAAUGUUAUUUCUUUGACAGCUUCAAGUUUUGACACUGUGAUUUCUGAACAUGAACACGUUUUGGUUGAGUUUUACGCUCCAUGGUGUGGACAUUGUAAGCAACUGGAGCCCGAGUAUGAAAAAGCGGCUGAAAAGGUGAGAAAUGAAGGUCUAGCCGUUGUUUUUGCGAAAGUUGACGCAACAGUGGAGGAAUCAUUGGCUUCAGAAUUCGGUGUCCAAGGGUUUCCGACAUUGAAGCUAUUCAGUAAAGGUUCGAGAGCGAAGUACACAGAGUUUGAGCCUAAAGAGCGUAACGCCGACGGAAUUUUAGCAGAAGUUCAAAAGCUCACCGAUCCAAACUACAAACCUCCACCCUCUGACGUAACAGUUCUUACGACUGAGACUUUCAAUGACUUCGUGAAUGAGCACAACCUGUCACUAGUUGAAUUUUACGCUCCCUGGUGUGGUCACUGCAAAGCAUUAGAGCCAGAGUUUGAUAAAGCUGCCACCGUUUUGAAGAAAAAGUCGAUUUACCUAGCUAAAGUUGAUGCCACCGAAGAGCCCGACUUAGCAACAGAGUACCAGAUACAAGGUUACCCAACUCUCUACGUGUUCAGAAAUGGUCAGAGAUACGAUUUCAGUCCAAGAAACAGAGACUCAGCUGCCAUUAUUAGAGCAAUGAUCAAGGAAUCUAAGCCAUCGUCGGUGGAAGUUACAAGUAUUGCGGAUCUUAAGCUUGCCAUUGAUUCAGCUGAAGUAACUGUUCUAGGCAUGUUUAGAGGCUCUGGCGAAGACUCAGAACUAGUAAAGCUAUUCUUGGAUGCAACAUAUAGUUUUCGAGAUGAAAUUAAAUUUUUCCAUAGCUUUGACGGCACCGUAGCAAAAGCUAUGGGAGUGAAAAUGGUUCCCUCUAUCUCUGUUAUCUUUCCUAAAAAGUUUGAGUCCAAAUUCGAGCCCAAACGCAGACAAUUAACUGAUGCUCAAAGUGUCGACGCUCUUAAGCAUUUCAUUGAUGCCCAGAGGUUUCCUCUUGUUGGCGAAUAUGUACCAAACUCGAAAUAUGACAAGAAGAGACCACUUUUAGUUGUCUACUAUAACGUCAACUUCGGCCCCGAGUUUUACGAAGAAACUCAAUUUUGGAGAAAUAAGAUAGUCGCAGUUGCCUCAGAAUAUAAAGAUACCAUAACCUUUGCUGUUGGAAAUGAAGAGAAAUGUGCUCAAGAUUUAGUCGACUCUGGGCUAUCUGAGUCAGGGAAUGGUAUCAAUGCUGUCAUUUGGGAUAAAUUCGGUAGAAAAUACCCCCUGGAACAUGACGAUGAUUUCAGUGAAGAACUUUUGAAAAGCUUCGUCAAAAAUUACCUGAAGGGAUCUCUGAAACCUGUGAUUAAGUCUGAAAAGGCUCCCAAGAAACAAUCAGGAGCUGUGAUGACCGUCGUUGGGGAUACUUUUGAAAGUCUUGUCGAAAAGAACUCCAAAGAUGUCAUGGUGUUUCUGUACAAUAGCGAAAAGUGUGAUGCGUGUAUUAAGUAUCUGCAGAUUUUCGCCCAAUUUGCAGGAGAUUGGAUUAAAGAAGAUCCGGAUAUUGUGUUCGCCAAAAUUGAUGUGGCUAAAAAUGACCAUCUGCACCAGUACGAGGUGAAAAAGCAAUCCCUGCCCCAUAUUUACUUUAGGAAAAGUGGUCUGUGGAAGGAGCCAGUUCCCUUUGACUAUGAACCAUUACCGAAUUGGCUACACGAGUUUACGGCAGAGAAACGAGGCAAGGCACUUAAGAAAAGCGUGCGCGAUGUGAAGACAGAGCUGUAAAUGUUUGUAAUUCUGUAUAUAGUAUCUAUGUUGUGCAAUUGUGAGUCUACUUAAGGUGUGUCAAAACUUGAACUAUGUUUGCUGACAAUAAUCAACCGAAAAAUAACAUGGCUCUGCUAUAAAUGCCUUGAAUAUGCCUUUAAAUCUGUUCGACAUUUUCUUAGCUUGAUAUCUUCUGCCUUAAUUAGGUUUGGAAAAAUUCUUUGUUUGAUAAGUUCUGCUUUGUUGUAUCUAGAGGUAUUCUUUUUUAUCAAUACCGUGUUAAAUUACAAGUUACGUAAAGAUUCUCAAGUUCCUGAGGAAUAAAAACUUUGUAAUGGCUUGAUACUCAAGUCCACACGAAUAAAAUGGUUGAAAUAUGUUGUACUGUUUGAGUGCUACUGCUAUCCAAUACAACUAAUUUUUUGUAUAUAAUGUGUGAGGAAAUUUCAUGGCGUGGUAUUUUCGUGAGAAGCGAAAACUUUAUCAGUCUAUCUUAAUUAUUAUUAUAUGAGAGUUUUUUCAUCAUUUUUUUCAUCUACUUUAGUCAUACGGACGUCAUGAUAGUCGUCUAUACUCAUAUGUAAAAACUCAAGAAUAAAAUGUAUAUGAAUUGUUUUGGUCUUUUAGUAGGAGUAUGUGUGUAAUCAAGUAGAUUAAAAUAAUGGCACGGAAGUAAUUUCUGCACGACCUCACGGAAGCUUAACUAAAAUUUCAAUAGCUAUGAAUGAACUUAUUGCGCAGGGUUGUUAAGACAUUCAAAACAGUAUUAAUUUAAA